AUGGUUACAUUAUCAUGCGGCCUUGAAUUAUUCUGUCAAACAAUGAAGUGGAAAGCGUGGAAACAGUUAUCUCCUGACCACAAGAUACAUGAAUCACACUUACUUUGCUGUGCAAAAAAUUGUCUUGUAUUAUGUAAAAAUAGCAGGAAACAUAGGGAUUCAUUUAGCGUACUAUGCAUCGUUUUUUACCUAAAUUUAAUCUUCUCAGGUGAUUUUACUCCUCCACUUUACGUAAUAUUAAUUCAGGAAGAGUUCGUUCCUAGAUGUAGUAUGAAAAACUCACGAAAGUGGGUAAAUUUCAGUGCCUAUAAAGUUUUCCAACCACAAUGUAGGUCAUUUUCAUCAUCAGUUGAAACAAAACAUUUAUCUUACCGGAUUUUAUUGAAAUUGAUAGGUGAGCAAUGCAAUGAAAUACCGGACGGGUGUUUAGCCAAGGUGAUAGAAAGACCAUUUCAAGGAUCUCCACUGAUAUUCUCCAUCAAUUUAAGUGGAAAGUGCAUCAUUAUUAACACCAGUCAACUAAUCAACUCACAAUUUGCCUAA